GCUGGCAGCACUGGCAGAUUGUGACGUGUACGCGUAGCGAAAAAUCAAAGAUUUUUUCUAAGAUUUCACAAUUUUAUUUGUUUUUCAAUCGUUUUGCAAGUAGGCCUGACAAAAAUGGGUUCUUUUCGACGCGACAAAGAUGAAGAGGAGGACGGUAAGUAACUGUCUAGCCACGAAAUUUCACUAACAGCGGUGCCGCAACCAACUGCCAACAUCAAUUGCAAUCGAGCCGCAGAAGGUGCUCCGCUGGCAAUCCACGGCAUAAUACACACACAUAUAGUCGGUGAAACAUCGAGCAGCCCAACAAAACUAACACCUAUUCACACACUCGAAAGUAACCAGAAUAACAAAUAAAUAAAUUGUUUCUAUUUAUUACCUGCUGACGGUUGAAAUAUGAAAUAUUUUAUUUCACCUUCACCUUCGCAAUUAAAACGCCCAGGUCCGACAAAUGCGUACCAGAAUCUGGAGAAAACGUCUGUGCUGCAGGAGACGCGUACAUUUAAUGAGACGCCAGUGAAUGCCCGCAAAUGCAUUCAUAUUCUCACCAAGAUUCUUUACCUGAUCAAUCAGGGAGAAGUGCUGGUGGCACGUGAGGCAACCGAUUGCUUCUUUGCCAUGACAAAGCUGUUCCAGUCCAAGGAUGUGGUGCUGCGUCGCAUGGUAUAUUUGGGCAUUAAGGAGCUGAGCUCUAUUGCCGAGGAUGUCAUCAUUGUCACCAGCUCCCUAACAAAGGACAUGACCGGCAAAGAGGAUCUAUAUCGUGCUGCUGCCAUCCGUGCACUCUGCAGCAUCACAGAUCACACAAUGCUCCAGGCCGUUGAGCGUUACAUGAAACAAUGCAUUGUGGAUAAAAAUGCAGCCGUUUCUUGUGCGGCUCUGGUUAGCUCCCUGCGUUUGGCCAGCACUGCUGGCGAUGUCGUCAAGCGUUGGGCCAACGAGGCUCAAGAGGCAUUGAACAGCGACAAUAUAAUGGUGCAAUAUCAUGCUCUCGGCCUGCUGUAUCACAUUCGCAAAUCGGAUCGCUUGGCCGUCUCCAAGCUGGUCAACAAAUUGACCCGUGGAUCGCUCAAGAGUCCCUAUGCCGCUUGUAUGCUGAUACGCAUUGCUUGCAAACUGAUUGAGGAGGAGGAUGUGCCCGCCGAGGAGCUGUCGGACUCACCGCUCUACUCAUUUAUUGAGGCGUGUCUGCGCCAUAAGAGCGAAAUGGUUGUUUACGAGGCCGCCCAUGCAAUUGUCAAUCUGAAGAAUACAAAUCCACGGAUGUUGUCGCCGGCCUUCUCCAUAUUGCAACUGUUUUGUGGCUCGCCAAAGGCAACUUUGCGUUUUGCUGCCGUUCGCACCCUCAACAAGGUGGCCAUGACGCAUCCGGCUGCCGUGACCACAUGCAAUUUGGAUUUGGAGGGUCUUAUUACCGAUUCAAAUCGUUCAGUGGCCACGCUGGCCAUAACAACGUUACUGAAAACGGGCGCCGAAUCAUCCGUGGAGCGUCUGAUGAAGCAGAUUUCAACAUUUGUGGCCGAAAUCUCCGAUGAGUUCAAGGUGGUCGUUGUGCAGGCCAUUUGUGCACUUUGCGCCAAAUAUCCACGCAAGCAUACAGUGCUGAUGAACUUCCUCAGUGGAAUGCUGCGCGAAGAGGGCGGACUCGAGUACAAGACAUCGAUUGUGGACACCAUUAUAACAAUCAUUGAGGAGAAUGUCGAUGCCAAGGAGUCGGGUCUCUCCCAUCUCUGUGAGUUCAUCGAAGAUUGUGAGCAUGUCUCGUUGGCCGUGCGCAUCCUGCAUCUGCUGGGCAAGGAGGGUCCAUUUGCGGCCACGCCCUCGAAGUAUAUACGCUUCAUUUACAAUCGUGUCAUCCUGGAGAGCCCCAUUGUGCGUGCUGCGGCGGUCACUGCACUUGCCCAAUUUGGUGCCUCGUGUCCAGCUUUGUUGGCGAAUAUUCUGGUGCUGCUUGGCCGCUGCCAGAUGGAUCCCGAUGAUGAGGUACGCGACCGUGCCACAUACUACUUAAGCAUACUGAACUCGGCCAAGCCGGAGCUCUACAAAAACUACAUCAUUGAGCGGGAGAACUGCUCGCUGACUCUACUGGAAAAGGCAUUGACGGAUCAUCUGAACGGCGAACUGCAGACUCACUUUGACAUUUCCAUAGUGCCCAAGGCAGCUAUUGUUAAGCCCGAGAUCACAAACGAUGUCAUGAUGGUUACGAGCGCACCUCGUGUGCCAAAGAUCACGCGGGAAGAAGAGAGCGCUGCUCGACUAGCUCAACUGCCGGGCAUACAAGUUCUCGGACCCAUUCAUCGCAGCACGGCGCCUAUUCAGCUAACGGAAAGCGAAACGGAGUACACAGUGCAGUGCAUCAAGCAUAUAUUCGCACAGCACGUUGUUUUCCAGUUCGAUUGCCUCAACACGCUCUCUGAUCAGUUCCUGGAGAAUGUUCGCGUGGACCUGACUCUACCGGAGGGUUAUACGGCGCGUGCCGUGAUUCCAUGCCCCAAAUUGCCCUACAACGAAUUGCAGACGACAUUUGUGAUUGUCGAAUUCCCGCCAGAUGCAAGCAGUUCCAUAGCUACAUUCGGUGCAACAUUGCGUUUUGUGGUCAAGGAUUGCGAUCCCAAUACGGGUGAGCCAGACUCUGAGGAGGGCUACGAUGAUGAGUACAUGCUGGAGGAUCUAGAGAUCACCGUUGCUGACCAAAUUCAAAAAACGAAAAAGAAUAACUUCCAGGUGACAUGGGAUGCCGCUGACAGUGAGGAGUGGCUACAAGCAGAGGAUACAUUUGUUCUAUCCGCUGUAAGCAACUUGCAGGACGCAGUCAAUACCAUAAUAAAAAUACUUGGCCUAGGCGCAGCGAAUCUUUCCGAAAAAGUGCCCGAGGGCACGCACCUUCACACAGUACUCUGCUCAGGCACCUUCCGGGGCGGGAUUGAAGUGCUGGUGAGGGCCAAGUUAGCGCUGUCCGAGGGCGUCACAUUAAAUCUGACAGUGCGCAGCACAGAUCAGGACGUGGCUGAGCUUAUAACGGCAGCCAUCGGAUAAAAUAGCGAGCCAUGCAGAAACCUCAUUUGGUUUUUGCGUGCAAUAAAUAUGAUAUAAAAAUCCAAGUAUAUAACAAAAAAAAGUUAAAUGUAAUCAAAAAUAUAUAAUUUAGUAGCUUUAAGUGGCGCCCUUGCAAAAUUGCCAUGAUCUGUUCUUAUAAGUUGGAACCUGCCUUUAUUGAAUUAUCUGGCCAAAUCAUGAUAAAUAUGUGGGAAAUUGUUUAAAAAUCGCAUUAUCAACAUGGACAUUCAGUUUGGGUACUUGUUAUGUUAUGCGAGCAUUUGCUGCCUUUCCAAAAGGAUUAAUGUUGUUUUAGCCAUAAUCGGCAGAAACUCAAAGCGAGAUAUAUUUGUAUUUGUUUACCAUCGAUUUAUCCUGUGCGUGUUUAGUUUAAGCAUUGAAAUACAUUUCUGGAAUACUAAGCUGUGUUCUCCCUGAGGAA